AUGCAACAAAAAAAGUUCAGAGAACAAAUCGUCAAUGGUGUCCGUCUCGUCAUGCAAGUGCGAGAGGCAGAAGAGAAGGAAAUGGGAUAUGCCAAUGUACCAACUGAGGACAAUUUCUUUGGGGAGUUCGAGGCAACAAGAGCGUUGCAUACAUCAAUAGAAGGCGCAGGCUGUGGUCUAUUUAAGAGAGUAUUAAGGAUAAGAAAACAUAUUUUCUUAAGAAGUCGUGAGGGUUUGAGAUUUGGCUGGGGAGAUAGACUAUCUUUACCAUCAACAGCAUCAACAGAAGUAGGGGCAGAGUAUGAGGAAGCAAUGGGUAUAGUAGAGAAUGCAUUAAAUAAUUAUGUACCUAGUUUAUCCUCUACAUUAACAAAAUUAAUAAAAGAAAAAAGAAUACAAAGAAGAUUAAUAAACCCUAAUCAAUAUAAUACAGAUCAAUAUAAUAAUUCUCUUUCUUCUCUUGAUUACUGUCCUUAUGAGCCCUCCCCCUUGGGUAUUCCUCUAUUAGGGGAUUCUUUUAUCUCCCCUCUUACUGGCACUUUCUUAUCCUUUACUUAUACACCUGAUGUUGGUGCUGCAGGACUCGCACAAUUCGUCUGGCGUAAUUUGAUGCAGACAAAGUUACAGGAACUGAAUCCAUUGAUGGCAUCAUUUAUAUCUCCCUCCCCUCCCUCUUCCUCCUCCUCUCCCUCCCUAGGCAGCAGCAGCAGCAGCAGCAGCAGGAGCAGGAGUCCAAGUGUCCUAGCCCGUAACAAUUCCUUAUUAGUAGAGGCAUUUGCUCUAUGGGGUCGUCAUGUUGCAUUUAUUGAGGAUUUAAAUUCUGUCUUUAAUCCCCAACAACAAUUAAGAUUAUUAAUUUCUUAUUUAGAUGAAACUAUAGGAAGAGUUGUUAAAGGGUCACUAAGAAGAUCUUUUGCCAAAAGAAUGAAGGCAUGGGCAAACACAAGUAAACCCUUGGAAGAAUUAGAGAAGGCUUGGCUCCGUUCCUUCAAAGACCAUUUUGGACCAGAAGGAGAUGUAUUUGAUACUUAUGCUGGUGUUCGAUCUCAAUGGUUAUUUUCUGAUGUUUUUGAGGAAUUAAUGAAUCUAGAUUCAUCAACAACAGCAGAAGGGAAUAAUUUAGUUAUUUCUUCUCCUUUUUCUUCUUCUCUUUCUUCUCUUGCAUCUUUUUCUUCUUCUCCUUCCUCUUCCUCCUCUCCUUCUCCCCCUAAGCCCGUAUAUAUUAUGGCAUUCAUGGGGUUAUUAAAAGUAUUUAAUGAUUGUUAUUUUAUUAAGGGGUACCGUAAGACAGACAAACAAAGAAAACCUACACAAGAGGCAAUAAGCAAGGCAUUUAAUAACUUUGUUGCUGAGGCAGAGAAGGAAGGAUUUAUUCGUGCAUUAGCUAAUAGAGGAGCAGCUGUACAUACACCCAGAUUCUGGACAGAUGCUAUGCAUGAAACCGUCGAUAAGCCAAUAUUGGAGGCGGAGAUGUUAGCACAAGAAUUAUCUUAUUUCUUAACACAUAAAGUAAAAGGAGCAGCAUAA